AUGGACCCUGUCACUGUCUUCGGCAUCAUAUCAGGAGGCGUCCAGGUCGCUGGGGCUAUCCUCUCCACAGUCGACGGGCUAAACAAGCUACUCGGUAAAUUCAACGAUGCCGAUCUGACCAUUGGAUCCUUGAUCCGCGAGCUAAAAUGCAUCCGAACCGCCUUGACGAGCUUGCGCGAAUGGGCUGAGACCAAUGCGCGUGGCCCGACGCCGGAGGAAUAUCUCGAAGGCUUGACGGUUGCAAUGGACGGGUGUCAGACCGUCAUGGAGGUGCUUGAAGAGGACGUGUCGACUUUGGUGCGAGGUACACAUUAUGAUGGCGCGAUGAGGUUCAGAACUCGUGUCAAGGUGAUGUGGAAUGAAGAAGCUAUGCAAGCGCAUCAAGGGCGGCUACAUGCCCAGGUACUUGCGCUACAGCUAUUGCUUCAAGUCUGUCAAUGGUGA